AUGGAGCCGGCGAGCUUUGAAACUGGAGACCCGUCUUCGUCGCCAGCCCGAGAUGGGCCAACCCCCGCCACUGUCACUGUGGUCCCACCCUACUGGCAAUCCCACCAGCGCAAUGCCUCGUAUCUGAGCAACUACUCUGCUGACAACGGCCGCCCCACCCCCAUCGGCCUCGAGGACCAUACGGAUGAGGACUCGGACCACUGCAAAGUCCUCUGGGCCAAGGGUGUCACGAUAGAUGAUUACGUUGUCAUCGGCGGGCCGUCACCGGGCUUUGGAGCUUACGUCGUCUUCAAUUGUACGGUCGAGACACUGGAUGGUGUGCCCAGUUGCGACGAGCAAGUCCUCGAGUGA